GUACGACAUAAUCGUCCCGCCAAACGCCCAGGAGGUUUAAGGUUCCCAAAACCCUAGUCUUCUUUCUUCUAACCUGCAACUCCCAGUCUCUCCCCUCUUUCUCUCUCUAUACAUAAAUAUAUAUAUUCGUAUAUCCGAAGCAGUAGAAUUCCCAUUACAGGAUGAGCUACGCUGCGUACAAGAUGAUGCACUGGCCGACGGGCAUUGAGAACUGCGCUUCCGGUUUUAUCACGCAUUGCGGUGCAGACUUUGCACCGCAGAUCCCUCCGAUUCACACCGAUGAUCUCGAAUCGGACUGGCCUGCAACGAAGGCCGUUGGCCCGAUUCCCAACCUCGUCACCACAGCUGCCAACAUUCUGGAGGUUUAUGUAAUUAGGGUUCAAGAAGAAGGUAUCAACAGAGACUCCAAAGGUCCAAUUGAAUCAAAGCGCGGUGGCGUAAUGGCUGGGGUAUCCGGUGCUUCGCUCGAACUUGUUUGCCAUUACAGGUUGCAUGGUAAUGUUGAAACAAUGGCGGUGUUGUCUGCGGGAGGAAUUGAUGGUAGUAGGAGGAGAGAUUCAAUCAUCUUAGCAUUUCGAGACGCGCAAAUUUCAAUUUUAGAGUUUGAUGAUUCAAUACAUGGACUUCGUACAAGCUCUAUGCACUCUUUUGAGGGUCCGGAGUGGCUUCAUUUGAAAAGAGGUAGAGAAUCUUUUGCUACUGGCCCAUUGGUAAAGGUUGAUCCUCAGGGCAGGUGUGCUGGGGUUCUUGCUUAUGGUCUGCAAAUGAUAAUACUCAAGGCUGCUGAGGCUGGUUCUGGUUUGGUUGGUGACGACAAUGCUUUAAGUGCUGGAGGUGCUGUAUCUGCACGUAUUGAGUCAUCAUACAUAAUCAGUCUACGUGAUCUAGACAUGAAGCAUGUGAAAGAUUUUAUAUUUGUACAUGGUUACAUCGAGCCUGUGAUGGUAAUACUUCAUGAACGGGAGCUCACUUGGGCUGGGCGUGUUUCUUGGAAGCAUCAUACUUGUAUGAUUUCUGCCCUUAGUAUUAGCACAACUUCGAGGCAGCAUCCACUCAUAUGGUCAGCAGUUAAUCUCCCACAUGAUGCAUACAAGCUUCUUGCGGUGCCAUCUCCAAUUGGUGGUGUUCUUGUUAUUAGUGCAAAUACGAUUCAUUAUCAUAGUCAGUCAGCAUCUUGCAUUUUGGCUUUGAACAACUUCGCUGUAUCUGUUGAUAGCAGUCAAGAGAUGCCGAGAUUAAGUUUCAAUGUGGAGCUAGAUGAUGCUAAUGCAACUUGGUUAUCAAAUGAUGUGGCGAUGAUGUCAACAAAAACUGGGGAACUACUUCUGCUCACACUUGUUUAUGAUGGCCGGGUUGUGCAGAGACUCGAUCUUUCAAAAUCUAAAGCAUCAGUACUUACCUCGGGAAUCACAACAAUUGGAAACUCAUUAUUUUUUCUGGGUAGUCGGUUAGGAGAUAGCUUGCUCGUGCAGUUUACUUGUGGAGCAGGAGCAUCCGUGUUGCCUCCUGGUGUGAAGGAAGAGGUUGGGGAUAUUGAAGGAGAUGCCCCUGCAGCGAAGAAACUGCGGCGAUCAUCUUCGGAUGCUUUGCAAGAUGUGGCUAAUGGCGAGGAGCUUUCCCUGUAUGGCCUAGGUCCGAAUAAUGCCCAAUUGGCACAGAAGACUUUCUCGUUUGCGGUGAGGGAUUCACUGAUCAAUGUUGGCCCUUUGAGAGACUUCUCUCAAGGUUUAAGAAUAAAUGCUGACCCAAAUGCAACAGGAAUUGCUAAACAAAGUAACUAUGAGCUGGUGUGCUGUUCUGGCCAUGGGAAGAAUGGGGCUCUCUGCGUGCUUCAGCAGUCAAUUCGAACAGAAAUGAUUACUCAAGCACCACUUCCUGGUUGCAAGGGAAUUUGGACUGUUUACCACAAGAGCACGCGUGGUCACAAUGUCGAUUCUUCGAAGAUGGCUGAAGAGGAUGAUGAAUAUCAUGCAUAUUUGAUUAUUAGUUUGGAGAGUCGUACAAUGGUACUAGAGACAGCUAAUAAUCUGGAAGAGGUUACUGAAGCUGUUGAUUAUUAUGUGCAAGGAAGUACAAUUGCUGCUGGGAAUCUGUUUGGAAGGCGUCGAGUUAUUCAGGUCUUUGCUCGUGGUGCUCGAAUUCUUGAUGGCACUUUUAUGACUCAAGAUAUAAGCUUUAAAGCUCCGAACUCUGAAUCUGGAUCAGGUUCUGAAAGUUCAACAGUGUCAUCUGUUUCUAUAGCUGAUCCAUACGUGUUACUAAGAAUGACUGAUGGGAGUAUUCAGCUUCUUGUUGGAGAUCCUUCUACAUGCACUGUGUCUAUCAACAUUCCUGCUAUACUUGAAAGCUCAAGGAAAUCAAUAUCUGCAUGUACACUGUAUCAUGAUAAAGGACCAGAGCCAUGGCUCCGGAAGACAAGUACUGAUGCAUGGCUUUCUACUGGCAUUGGGGAAGCAAUUGAUGGGGCUGAUGGCACACUUCAUGAUCAAGGCGACAUUUACUGUGUUGUUUGUUAUGAAAGUGGUACUCUUGAGAUAUUCGAUGUCCCUAAUUUCAAUUGUGUUUUCUCUGUGGAUAAAUUUGUGUCUGGGAAUAGCUACCUUGUAGAUACAUGUAUGCCAGAACCAUCCAAUGAUCCUCAAAAGAAUACAAAUAAAACUUCUGAAGAAUCGACUGGCCAAGGCAGGAAUGAAAAUUCCCAGUCCAUGAAGGUUGUUGAGUUGGCCAUGCAAAGGUGGUCGGGAGAGCAUAGCCGCCCUUUUCUUUUUGGAAUAUUGAAUGAUGGAACAAUACUUUGUUACCAUGCUUAUCUUUUUGAAGGUUCAGAAAAUGCUUUGAAAAAUGAGGAAGCUGUUUCUGUACAAAAUUCUAGUAGCCUUAGCAAUAUAAGUGCUUCUAGGCUUAGAAAUUUGAGGUUUCUGCGUGUUCCCUUGGACACAUAUACAAGGGAGGAGAAUUCUUCCACAACCCCAUGCCAACGGAUUACAAUAUUCAAGAAUGUUGGUGGUUACCAAGGAUUAUUUCUUUCUGGACAGAGGCCAGUUUGGUUCAUGAUGUUUAGGGAACGUCUUCGACUUCAUCCACAGCUAUCGGAUGGGCCCAUUGUUGCCUUCACUGUCCUUCACAAUGUGAACUGUAGUCAUGGGCUUAUAUAUGUUACCUCUCAGGGUACAUUGAAAAUUUGCCAACUGCCGUCUGGAUUGUCCUACGAUAACUUUUGGCCAAUACAGAAGAUUCCAUUGAAGGGAACUCCACAUCAAGUCACUUAUUUUUCUGAGAGUAAUUUAUACCCUCUUAUAGUUUCAGUUCCGGUUCUUAAGCCAUUGAAUCAAGUCCUCUCAUCUCUUGUUGAUCAAGAAGUUGCUCAUCAGAUUGAGCAUGAUAAUUUGAGUUCUGAUGGAACCUACACCAUAGAUGAAUUUGAGGUCCGGAUUAUGGAACCGGAAAAAUCAGGUGGUCCCUGGCAAGUUCGGGGUACAAUUCCUUUGCAAAAUUCUGAAAAUGCACUAACUGUCCGAGUGGUUACCCUAUUUAAUGUCAAAACAAAAGAAAAUGAAACACUUUUGGCCAUUGGAACUGCUUAUGUGCAAGGGGAGGAUGUUGCUGCAAGGGGGCGUGUCCUUUUGUAUUCUGUUCAAAAAAAUUCUGAUAAUCCUCAGGCUUUGGUUUCAGAGGUUUACUCAAAGGAGUUGAAGGGUGCUAUAUCUGCUCUGGCUUCUCUUCAAGGUCAUUUGUUGAUAGCUUCUGGUCCUAAGAUCGUCUUACACACGUGGUCGGGGUCUGAGUUGAAUGGUGUUGCCUUUUAUGACGUUCCACCUCUUUAUGUCGUGAGCUUAAAUAUUGUUAAGAAUUUUAUUCUCCUUGGGGACAUCCACAAAAGCAUAUACUUUCUUAGUUGGAAGGAACAAGGUUCUCAACUUAGUUUAUUGGCAAAAGAUUUUGGUUCGCUUGAUUGUUUUGCUACAGAGUUUUUGAUUGACGGAAGCACCCUGAGUCUUAUUGUUUCAGAUGAUCAAAAGAAUGUUCAGAUAUUCUAUUAUGCGCCAAAGAUAUCAGAAAGUUGGAAAGGACAGAAGCUUCUUUCAAGGGCUGAAUUUCAUGUUGGUGCUCACGUGACUAAGUUCUUGCGGUUACAGAUGCUUCCUGCUUCAUCAGAUCGAACGAAUGCUACUCCAGGCUCUGACAAAACCAAUCGGUUUGCUUUAUUAUUUGGAACACUGGAUGGCAGCAUUGGCUGUAUUGCACCUCUUGAUGAACUAACAUUUCGUAGGCUUCAGUCGCUUCAGAAAAAGCUUGUUGAUGCUGUUCCCCAUGUUGCUGGACUAAAUCCAAGAUCUUUCCGUCAGUUCCAUUCAAACGGAAAAGCUCAUCGGCCAGGCCCUGACAGCAUAGUGGACUGCGAGUUGCUUUGCCGUUAUGAGAUGCUCCCAUUGGAGGAGCAGAUUGAGAUUGCGCAACAGAUUGGAACGACCCGUUCGCAGAUUCUGUCAAAUUUGAAUGACCUCACCCUGGGAACGAGCUUCUUGUGACGACAUUCUAGCCUGUCAGAUUGCAGUUCAGAGAAAUCUGUAAAAUAGCCCAACUGUACAAGCAAGCUUUGCUUCAAUCAGCUAAACCAAAACUUGUAUGUAUAUCCUAACAACAUGUUGUCCCAUUGUUGUAUUUUUAAUUGGAUCCCUUGUAUUAUUUCUUGGAUGAGUUGAGUCAAUGUGAUCUAAUUGAUUUUGUUGGUUA